AAUACAGUGUUCUUCUGUAUGGUGUUAUUUAAAUUUGUAAUACAUUGGUCGAUCCGCAUGCCAAGUGGCUGUCGCUUACAACACACAAAUUCUCAGACGCAAAAUUGUUUUCCCUUUUUAUUAAUGAAUAUAUUUGCUUCAAUGUUUGAAUAAUUCAUCAAUAACUCUCUGAUAUAAAAGUCAAGAUGGAAACAGUUGUGAUAGAAUCUGAAGUAUUUGAAACUACUAGAAACGGUAUUGAUAUCUUGCUAGCUGAAUUAAAAGAGAUGGAAGAUAAUUCUAAUAACGUUGAAAGUUGUUCUAUGAUGAAAGACGAUGUUACUGGUGCCAUCGAAUCAUUGUGUAUUGCUGAUACUCAUUCAGAAUAUUUCAAUGAUAGUGAUUCAGACACUUUAGUUGAUAACUUUAAUGACAAUAAAAGUGAAGUGAGCUCUAAUGGAGAAAAUCAACAAUUAACUUCUACAAUUGAAGAUCCAAAAACAAUAAUGGACCAAAUUAAAAAUCUUCGAUGUUUAUUUACAUGGAAUAUAAAACCAAAUAAUGAGAAUAAUUUAAUUGUAUUGAUGCAGAAUAAAUAUGGAGAAUACAACUUAAAUAUUUGUUCAUCUGAGUUUACAUUAGAAAGGUAUGUGGGCAAUUUAAUUAUUUCUUAUGAAUUGUUUCAUAAGAAUGAACCCGAAUUAGCCCAAAUGAAAUUGUUGGAAAUUCAGAAUUGGCUUGAUGAAUUAGAUAAAGGUACUGACGAGUUUUAUUUGUCUAUUAAAACUAGUCUUCACCAUGUCACGAAAGCUACUUUCAUUCAUAUGUUAUAUGCUACAAAUCUUAUUGAAGAAUGUAAAUGGAUAUUGAAUGAUGUUGUAUUAUAUUCCCAUAUGAAUUUCAAAUCAAGAGCAACUAUUCAUGCAAUAUGUGCGGCUGUAUUAACGGAAUAUGGUGCAAAUAAUAUAAUCUAUUUACAAAACGCUUGCAACAAUGCAAAGCUAGCAUGUGAUUUAGAUCCUAUAACUUCUCAUUGGUAUUAUACUUAUUCACUUGCAUUGACAGCUAACAGACAAUUCUUACAUAAGUCAAAUCCAACUAAAAAUGAAAUUAAUGCAAUUAAUCAAGCAGUUAUGUUGUCAAAUGGGAAAAAUGCUCUUUUUAAUUACCAUCAAUUGAUUCUAUGUAGAUAUGAUAUAGUAAGAAAUAUUAAAAAAAAAAAUUCCUUGGUUAAACAAAAUAUACAACAUAAAAAAUGUGUUUAUAUUAUCAAAAACAUAAUAAGCAUGGAUCCAAAAGACCCUCUUUUGGUAGUUAAGUGUGCUAGAAUUUUAAUGACUCUUCCUAUUAUGGUUCUUGAUUUUAAUUUGGGAAAACAAUGUUUAAUAAAAGCCUUUGAAAUGGCAUCAAAUGAUAAGACGGUUUUAAAAGCUAUUAGUGAAGCAGUCAACGCAUAUUAUAAUAAUAUUAAACCUAAAACAACUGUAACUAAUCCAAAUCAACCACCACCAAGGAUUAAAAGAUCAAAACUAGGAAUUGAUUUAAGACUUAUAAUGAAAAAACAUAUGAAUGGAGAAGAUCCUGUUCCUUACCUGACUAAUUUAGUUUCUAAAUAUGAUGGACUUGAACAAUCAAUAGUUAUAGCUCAACUAUGUUCCUAUAUAAUAUUAUUCACAGACAACCUAAAAUUUGGCAUUGAACAGUUUAUUAAGUUGAUUGAACAACCAGGAAUUGCCAAUAAUAAUAUUAUCACGAAACAUACUUCAUCAUUUGGUUCACUCACAUUUAAUUUAUCAGAACUAAUUUAUAAUCAAAUCAGAUUAGCUACAAAUUUAAGCGGCACUUCUACUGAAGAUGUAUUGUAUUAUUAUAAAAUGUUAGCUAAAAUCAUGGAAACAUGUAAUUUAGAGAUUAAAGAUAUAGACUCAUCAAUGAAAGCUAAGCUCAUUGCUGAUUCAUCUGUUAAAUCAGAUCGUUAUGGAUUUUCAAAUAGAAGAGUCCAAUGUGAGACUGAGUCAUUAAAUACUAAGAGUGUGAACAAAAAAAAUGUUUUAAAAAAUAAACAUAAACGGUCAAAAACAAAGAAGGUCAAUCGAAGGAAAGUUAAAACACCUAAAGUGUCUUCUGAUGGGUAUAGGGUCAGACUUUCCAAUAAAUCUACAACUUCGGCUAAGUAAUCAAAUUUAAAAAAAUGAACAGAAGUGUACCAGCAGGUUUGAAUUCAUCAGAUGAAGACAACAGUCCAUUUAAAAAUUCACAUCCAAUUAAAAAAAAACCUACAACAUUUAUGCAUCUAAAAUUUAGGCCAC